AUGGCUUAUUCAGAAGAGAAGUUGGAUGCCCCCGAUGGCUCCGCAAUUACCUGGAUCUUCGAUCACCUCCUUCGGUAUCCAGGAACCUACGAAAUACCCCUCCGGACAAUGUAUGCGCUGAACUGCAACAACACUAGGCAACCAGUUCCCAAUGCUCAGCGUCCUGAGACAGCGUUUGCACGUCGUCCAUCCUCCCCAAAGUCCUCCGCCGCCGAGGACCUCCGUGCACAGUUGACCCAACAAAUCUCUCGAUUGCCCUCCCAGCCCUGCUCUUUGCCACCUAGCUUUGUCACUUCUUUUCUGCGCCGCUGUUUCACUGCCAAUCUGGAAGAUGUUGACUUCCCCCAAGCUUUGACUGGACUGGACUACCUCAGGGACCUUGAAGCUCGACGUAAGAAGGAACUUGCAGCUGCCAUGCAGAGACUCGGCCUACAGCCAGAUAGCACCAAGCAGGAUGUAGAGUUCUCCAAGAAAUAUCCAGGCGUUGUGAUGUGGAUUGAGUCCAUCAAGGCCAAGGGUUGCAAAGUGGAAGCUCUGUAUACCCAAAUUUACAUUGGUCUCCGCCGAUGGACUCUGCUGAACGAGAUGCUCAUGGAUCCCAUGAACAAGGCGACCUGUAUUGCCAUGCUCAACACUCUCUUUCCCCCGGUCACCGAAGCAACCGUCACCCCUACUGCACAUCUCACCCCACAAAUCCUCAAAUCACAACGUGACGGAUUCUUCCGCUACAUCUCCGCCAUUGAGGCCAACGGCAAGCAAAUUCUCGACAAGGUUAUUGCGCAGGGCGCACCUGAGGGCGAAAGCACUGGCUGGCCUCUGGUCCGAGAUGCACUUGACAAGUAUCUCCGCACCACCAACGAAAUCAUCGACGAGUGCGCAAUGGUCAACGGCCCAGCCAGCCUGGACGAAAGCCUAGACUCGUCGAAUCGAAGCCAGAAGGGCCGGAAGGCUGAUUCCGGAAUUAGCUUUGGCUCAUACGCACCAUCCAUCAACAGCAAGGUCAGCUCCGAAGAUAUUCUUGAUAAACCGCUACCUCCUUCUCCGAGAGCGGCAACCCCCAGCAAAUUGGGUGGUUCCGCGCUUGAGCGGCUGGCCCGCGAGCUCCGGAAACUCGGCGAUGGCGGCAAGGCCAAGGGCCUCCGCAAGAUGAAGUCCACAAACACUAUGGGUGCUCGCACCGAUACCUUCUCGUCUACGAACGAAGAAUCCUCUUUCGAACUCGACGAAUCCAAACGAAGGAAACUCGCUUGGGCGCAUUCUAAACAGCCUAGCGGCAGUUCCUCACGAUUUGACUAA